UAAACACACUCUUUAUUUCCUACUUAAGAGCUUAAAUCUUGUAGCAUCACUCCUUUCUUCUCCUAAUGGAAAAAAGUACUGGAAACCCUAAUCACCCUCCAUGUCAUGGAGAUCUUAUCACUGUUCUCAGCAUUGAUGGAGGUGGAAUUAGGGGAAUCAUUCCAGGAAUAAUUCUCAGCUUUUUAGAAUCUGAGUUACAAAAACUGGACGGUGAAGAAGCAAGAAUUGCUGAUUAUUUUGAUGUGAUCGCCGGAACUAGCACCGGCGGUCUCCUUACCACCAUGUUGACAUCUCCCAACGAGAAAAAUCGACCCCUAUUUGCUGCCAAAGACAUCAAGGCCUUCUACUUCGAGCAUGGCCCUAAAAUAUUCCCUCAAAGAAGGUUUCCAUUUUCUGGUGUUACAAAAAUUAUUCAAAGUGUGAUGGGACCAAAAUAUGAUGGCAAGUAUCUGCAUGGAGUUCUUAAGGAAAGACUAGGAAACACAAGGCUGAACCAGACACUGACUAACGUUGUAAUUCCAACUUUCGAUAUCAAGAAACUUCAGCCCAUCAUCUUUUCUAGCUAUGAGGUGAAGAAAUCUGCAGGCCUUAAUGCCUUGAUGUCAGACAUUUGCAUUGGAACUUCAGCCGCUCCAACUUAUCUGCCGGCCCAUUAUUUUGAAACAAAGGACACUGAUGGAAAGGUUAAAAAGUUCAAUCUUAUCGAUGGUGGGGUGGCUGCUAAUAAUCCGGCUCUAAUUGCCAUGGGUGAAGUGACAAAACAGAUUCACAAAGGCCAUUCAGAUUUUUCUUGCAUUAAAGCAGCAAAUCAUUACAAUAGAUUCUUGGUGCUAUCUGUUGGAACAGGCUCAGAAAAACUUGCAGAGAAAUACACCGCAAAGCAAGCGGCUCAAUGGGGCGUACUUGGUUGGUUAACCUCCGGCAAUUCAACCCCAUUAAUCAAUGCCUUUUCCGAAGGCAGUGCUGAUAUGGUUGAUUUCCACAUUUCCGUGAUUUUCAAAUCUUUAAACUCCGAACAGAAUUAUCUUCGCAUCCAGGAUGAUAAGCUGAAAGGGGAGGUUUCCUCUGUGGAUGUUUCAACGGAGGAAAAUAUGAAAAAUUUAGCUAAAGUAGCAGCAAACUUACUGAAUAAACCAGUUUCAAGGGUGAAUUUCGAGAAUGGAAAUUAUGAACCUUCAGGAAACUUAGAAACCAAUGCUCAAGCUCUCAUAAGGUACGCGAAGCUGCUGUCUGAGGAAAAACGCCGACGUGUAAAGACAUCGUUGCACAAGCUUGGCCCAUAAUCAAAUUACUUUCUUUAUAUGUAUGUUUGCAAAAGUUUGAACUGAAAUAAUUGUUAAUUCGAACUCUAUCCAACGGUAGUAUGAAAUUAAUAAAAUGUGGUGGAUGAUGUUCGUAAUUUGCUAUCGUAAUUGGAUAUGUAAUCAAUGGUAAUUUUAAAGGAUUUCUGUGCUUAUAAA